CGCAGGAACCGCCGCCAGCACUGACAGCACUUGGCAGAAGGGGUUUGCCCGAGCGCUCCCGGAGCAUCUUCAGAGGCGCGGCGGCACCGCCUGCCCGACUCAGCAGGGGAGCGGCCCAGAACCGGGAACCGAGCUCAGAGCUGAAGAAAGGCUGAAAACCGGGAAGCACAAAAAAUACCUAGAAAAAUACCAAUACUACUGCUACUACUAAUAAAGAGUGGUGGGCAGAGAAAGGAGGUCGCGGGGGAAAGCAGAAGGCGAGAAGAAGGCGCGCCGCUGAGGAGGAGCCCGGGCGAGGGGCAGAAGCGGCCCCUCGCCGGGGCUGCCGGCAUCCCCCGUGCCCCGGGGCGGCCGUCGGGGGGGCAGCAGCAGCACGUGGCGGCGGCGGGGCAUGGCCAGCACGGGAGCUCCCGCGGCCUGAGCCGCCCCCGCCGCCGGCACCAUGGCAGCCGCCGGCGAUGCCGGCCUCGACGUGGCGGCGGUGGAAAGUUUCCUAGAGAGGCACCCGGAGCUGGUGGAGAAGUGGCUGCAGAGGAAGAACUCGCUCCCUAAAGCGCCUGCCGUCCCCGCCGCCCCCGCUGGCGGCCCGUCGGAGGAGCGGCGGAGCAGCGACGGCCCCGGCGGCAGCUGGGGGAGCGCGGGCGGCCCCGGCGGUCCCGGCCCCGGGGGGCUGCAGCGCCGAGCGUCCCAGAAGGAGCUGCGGAAGAGCUUCGCCCGCUCCAAAGCCAUCCACGUCAACCUCACCUACGACGAGCAUGUGCACGCCCGGGCGCAGGAGCCGCUGAGCAGCGUGCGGCGGCGGGCGCUGCUGCGGAAGGCCAGCUCCUUGCCCCCCACCACAGCCCACAUCCUCAGCGCCCUGCUGGAGUCCCGCGUCAGCCUGCCCCAGUACCCCCCCACCGCCCUGGACUACAAGCGCUACCUCAAGGAGCACAACGAGCGCCAGUUCUUCCUGGAGCUGGUCAAGGACAUCUCCAAUGACCUGGACCUCACCAGCCUCAGCUACAAGAUCCUCAUCUUCGUCUGCCUCAUGGUGGACGCGGACCGGGGAUCCCUCUUCCUCGUGGAGGGGACCUCCGCCGGCAAGAAGACCCUGGUGUCCAAGUUCUUCGACGUGCACGCCGGCACCCCGCUGCUGCCCUGCGGUUCCACCGAGGACAGCAACGAGGUGCAGGUGCCCUGGGGCAAGGGCAUCAUCGGCUACGUGGCGGAGCACGGAGAGACGGUCAACAUUCCCGACGCCUACCAGGAUCGACGCUUUAAUGAUGAGAUUGAUAAACUGACUGGAUACAAGACAAAGUCACUCUUGUGCAUGCCCAUAAGAAACAGUGAUGGAGAGAUCAUUGGUGUUGCCCAAGCAAUAAAUAAGACUCCAGGAGGUGCCCCUUUUUCUGAUGAUGAUGAAAAGGUGAUGCAGAUGUACCUCCCCUUCUGUGGGAUUGCCAUAUCCAAUGCCCAGCUAUUUGCAGCUUCAAGGAAGGAAUAUGACAGAAGCAGGGCUUUACUGGAAGUAGUGAAUGACCUCUUUGAGGAACAGACUGACUUAGAGAAAAUUGUCAAGAAAAUUAUGCAUCGGGCCCAGACUCUCCUGAAGUGUGAACGGUGCUCAGUAUUACUUCUGGAAGAUAUUGAAUCACCAGUGGUGAAAUUCACAAAGUCUUUCGAAUUGUUAUCUCCAAAAUGCAGUGCUGAUACUGACAACAGUUUCAAAGACAGCGUGGAGAAAUCAUCUUAUUCUGACUGGCUAAUAAACAAUAGCAUUGCUGAACUCGUCGCUUCCACAGGGCUCCCAGUGAACAUCAGCGAUGCCUAUCAGGAUCCCCGCUUUGAUGCUGAGGCUGACCAAAUUUCUGGCUUUCACAUAAGAUCUGUUCUGUGUGUUCCUAUAUGGAACAGCACCCACCAAAUAAUUGGGGUUGCUCAAGUGUUGAACAGGCUUGAUGGGAAAUCCUUUGACGAUGCUGACCAGCGACUGUUUGAAGCUUUUGUUAUUUUUUGCGGCCUGGGUAUCAACAACACAAUUAUGUAUGACCAAGUGAAGAAAUCCUGGGCAAAACAGUCUGUGGCUCUUGACGUGUUGUCCUAUCAUGCAACAUGUUCGAAGGCAGAAGUUGAUAAAUUCAAGGCAGCAAACAUCCCUCUGGUGUCAGAGCUUGGCAUUGACGAUAUCCAUUUUGAUGACUUCUCGCUCGAUGUGGAUGCCAUGAUUACUGCAGCCCUGCGGAUGUUCAUGGAACUUGGAAUGGUUCAGAAAUUUAAAAUUGACUAUGAGACGCUGUGUAGGUGGCUUUUGACGGUGCGGAAGAACUAUCGAAUGGUCUUGUAUCACAACUGGAGGCACGCUUUCAACGUCUGCCAGCUGAUGUUUGCCAUGUUAACUACUGCAGGAUUUCAGGAGAUUCUAACUGAAAUUGAAAUUUUAGCUUUGAUUGUGGGAUGCUUGUGUCAUGACCUUGACCACAGGGGAACCAACAAUGCCUUCCAAGCCAAGAGUGGAUCAGCCUUAGCUCAGCUCUACGGCACCUCUGCUACCUUGGAGCACCACCAUUUCAAUCAUGCUGUCAUGAUUCUCCAAAGUGAGGGUCACAACAUCUUUGCUAACUUGUCCUCUAAGGACUACAGUGACCUUAUGCAGCUUCUAAAGCAAUCAAUAUUGGCAACAGACCUCACUCUGUAUUUUGAGAGAAGGACCGAGUUUUUUGAGCUUGUCAGUAAAGGUGGUUAUGAUUGGAAUGUAAAAAACCACCGAGAAGUGUUUCGAUCAAUGCUAAUGACAGCCUGUGACCUUGGAGCUGUGACCAAACCGUGGGAGAUUUCAAGACAGGCAGCUGAGCUGGUAACCAGUGAGUUCUUUGAACAAGGAGACAGAGAAAGAUCUGAACUCAAACUCACCCCUUCAGCCAUUUUUGAUCGGAACAGGAAGCAUGAACUACCCAGGUUGCAGCUUGAGUGGAUUGAUAGCAUCUGCAUGCCAUUGUAUGAGUGUCUAGUGAAGCUGAAUGUGAAACUGAAGCCUAUGCUGGACUCCGUGGCAGUAAAUAGAGGUAAAUGGGAGGAGCUGCACCAAAAAAGACUUCCUUCUCAGGCAGCAUCCUUGUCCUCCUUUUCCUCCAGCUUCACCACGUCUCUCAAAGACAUAAAUUAAGCCUGCAGAUAUCAGUGUCACUUUACAAUAAGAGCUGUCUGAAAGGUUUUCAUAAGCUUAGACCCACCAUUUUUAAAGAAAUGCUUUCCCUGACAUGCCUAAUUGAUGGGAUAUUAUCUUGAUGGCAGCACAGUUUGCUUUUCCUGGAAGGCUUAGUGGGACUGAAUGGAAGCCUGCAGUGGGAUUGCGCGGGUAUCUGGAGCGACAUGGAACACUGAACAGAGGAAGCGUUCAUUCAGCUCCACUACAUUUCAACUGCUGCUGUAAAAAUCUGUAAAGCUGACAACAGACUGAAAUAUAAGAACUCACAGCUUAAUAAAAUUAAUAAUACAGAGCAGGACUGGGAUACAAGCUGGCCAAUUCAUAUGCAAGGAGCUGCAGAAAACAGAAUAGUGUGUAAUUACAUUGUUGUUUUGCAUCACUUCAGUACAUGUUAUGAAUCAAUUAUGCCUGCUUUUGUGAUGCUCCUCUCUUACUCUCCCUCCUCUUUUAUGCCUGAAUGUUCUGAAAAGCCUGCUUUGUAUUCUGAAGAAGUAUUUUUUUACAACAAAGCUUCUUAGUGAUUGAUCAGGGCCUUUAGAAUUGCCUACCUUUGCUACAUUUAAAAACAAACUUUAUUAUCUUUAAAAACACCAAGCUGUCCCUUCUUCCCUGAGAAAUUUAUAUUAACGCUGCAGCAAAUUUCUCAGCAAGAGGAAGUUUGCAUAAAGGCAAAAUAUUGCAUGGUAAUUUUAGAGUGUUUUUUUUUUCUUUUAAAAAGUGCUCUUAUUCAUUUUUUUUCUAAAUUAUACUGUUGCCUAAGGAAAAGAUUAAUGAGGUUUUUUUUGAAAACAGAACACAAAUAAAAAAGGAAAUCUGUUGCUUUGUGCUUCAGGUUUAUAUUACAAUGAAAAGCAGAACAUGGAAAAGCCUUUCUAGUACAAUUUCCAGUUGAAAUUAGUAUUCUGAAGUAGUGGAGAGGUAGCGUAUCAUCACACUGGAUUACCCCUUACUCUCUCGCAGUUCUUUCAGUACAAUUUCAAAUGCUAUUACUACAGGUAGCACAGCACUAGUCAAGGCUCAUGUGUUGACACCCUUGGUAAAGGUGUCCCUAAAAAUCUAAACAAAUAUGACAGGUCACAAAACCAAAUGUCUCUCUGUGAUGACCCUAGUAUUACCUGAAAGUUGGUCUCCUUCCAUUGGUGUCAAGAUCACUAAUGCAGCAAACCUGUGAUCUGUGAUUUGAGGAUGUUUUCUCUGCUGCAUGACCAGACACAAGAGGAGUUGUGUUGCAGUGCUUAUGAGUGCCCAUUCAUAGGGAGAAAAAAAAAAAAAAAAAAGCCUUUGUACUUCAUGAAAAAUGGGAUUCUAAAUAUAGGAUUGUCUGGCAGCAGAAAUUAAAGCUGAAUUCAGCUUAGUUUUACACCUGUGCCAAACUCCAUUUACUUCAGUGGAAUUACCUUGAACUGGCACCAGCUUAAUGGAAAUCAGGACCUGGCCCAGCUGACCAGAUGCAAACAAGCUUUUCUCCUUUCUAAGGAAACUGAGUUGUUAGAGCCUUAGAAAUGCUGACUACAUCAACCAGAAACAACAAAUCUGCUGAUCCCGUCUUUAAAAGAAGCACAACAAAACAAAAAUGCUCUGUGCUUCUAAUGGUGUGUAGGACAAUAGCUGGAAAUUCAGUAGCAUUGUGAGCCAAUCUGUUAGUGCACAACUCAACCACAUCACUCUCUAGCAGAAGGAAGCAGGGAAGGAGCAGAAAUGCAAACUGCACAGCAGUGAGUACACACACCAAAUGAAAAUGCUUCUGCUGUUCUUUUACCACUUCUUUCUUCUCUGAAUAAAGCCAGAGCAGUUUAGUAAGCAGCAAGCCAUACAAACCUAUAACACGUACUUGAUUGGAAAAACAGCUACUAGGAACCGACAGUACUGCUGGCAGGUACACACGGCUUUCCUGAAUUUUGAUAUUGCAUACUGCUAAGUGUAACAUAAUUUAUAAUGCAUAUCCUACAGCCUCCCCGAAGGUUGAGUCUCCCCUCAUUUCCUCUCCUUUUUAUUGGCUUCAGUGCACGGUUGCCCAUGGCAACACCCACAGGCAGGAAUGGGGACUCGGCAGCACCGCAGCCUGACACACAGCUGAAGCCCUAACAAUGUCAACCAUCAAUCAAGUGACUGUUUGUAAUUGCCUCCAUCUAUUUCUCCUGUCUUUUGGUAUCUUUUUGCCAUUGUGGGUCAAAAUUCAGAAACUGCUGACUAAUGUUAUGGUUCUGUUCCUCCAUCACAAGGAAGAAAAUGAGAGCACACAGCUUAAUCUUAUCAAAUUGUUCUCAGGAAAAACGAAGCAACCCUACUGAAACUGGGGGGCCCAGCAGUGCAUCUCAGAACAGCAUUCAGUCUGUGAAAGUCAUUUAGCUCAAUCUUAAAAAAACAACCAACUAAACGAAAACCUUAUCUUCUUUUUUUAAGACUUAGCUUAGGAAACAGAAAAAAAAAAAAAAGGAAAAUAUUAUUCUUUGUGGAAGCAUGUAGUACAUUAAAGAAACAUAUUUCAAGUCUAUUAUAUUUUAAGAUUGUUGGAAACACUUUUUAGCUACUGCUUAUAAACUUGAUGAUCAGAAAUUGUA